UUAUUUCAAUAGCUGCUAAAGUAUAAAGCGAAAAUUUCCCACCUAUUUUAAUAAUUGAUAACAAAAGCAAUCUUGAAAAAUAAUUGAUAACAAAUAAAAUAAGAGCAAAUAAAUUAAAUAUAGCGUUCCUUGGUAUACAAACAACUGUGUAAACAUACACUCAAAAGUGUUAAAACUCUUUUACUUGUGGCACAUUUCUUCUUUCUUAUCGUACAAAAUAAAUCUAAUUAAAAUUUUGAAAAUUGUCUGCGUGGCUUAUUUGGUUGCCUAAUUUAAAAAGGAAAUGUUUUCGAAUAUUCCUUACACAAUUUUGUUGGUGAGUUUGGCGGCUCUAGUCUCACAAACAUUAGCCACAGCAGACGAUGCCGAUUCUUGUUAUUCAUUUGCCGGGGGUUCGGUAUAUCCAGCUGAGGCGCCCAAGGGUGAUCACACUCUGCAAACAACGAAAGCAGUCAUUUCAAAACCAGCUCCUCCAUUUGAAGGUACUGCCGUAGUUAACAAAGAAAUUGUUAAACUAUCUUUAUCACAGUUUGCUGGCAAAUAUGUGGUAUUGCUCUUCUAUCCAUUAGAUUUUACUUUUGUAUGCCCAACUGAAAUUAUCGCUUUCUCCGAUCGUAUUCAAGAGUUCCAUGAAAUAAAUACCGAAGUUAUUGCCUGCAGCGUCGAUUCGCAUUUCACCCAUCUGGCCUGGAUUAAUACGCCACGCAAAGAGGGUGGUUUGGGCAAUGUUAAGAUACCUCUUCUUUCCGAUUUAACACAUAAAAUUAGCAAAGAUUAUGGCGUUUAUUUGGAUGACUUGGGUCAUACAUUGCGUGGUCUCUUUAUUAUUGAUCAACGUGGCGUUUUACGUCAAAUCACCAUGAAUGACUUGCCAGUUGGUCGAUCUGUUGAUGAAACUAUAAGAUUAGUGCAAGCAUUCCAAUAUACCGAUACACAUGGAGAAGUAUGUCCAGCUGGUUGGAAACCUGGUGCUGAUACUAUUGUGCCAAAUCCCAAAGAAAAAACCAAAUACUUUGAGAAAAAUAAUUAAAACAAAAUUUAAAUUCCCCAUAAACAGCAUCAUUGUGACAAAAAGCAUUUUUGUGCAUUUCUUUUAAUGUAUUUUUUACUGUCUACAAAUUUCCUUCUUUUUUAAAUAAAUUCCUUUGAAAUAUCAUAAA